ACUUUGUCAUGAAAAAUUUUCUGUUCAUCUUCCCCGAUAUGCUCCUCCAUAAACUCUUACGCAGUGCCCUCCGCCACUCACAUUUUCGAGCUAUAUCCAUAAAUUUACAACCAACACCAGCGUUGGAGCCACCUUCUCCACCUCUCUCCUCUACGCCGGACGCUCUCCUUGUGGAAAAAGCUAUAUCCAUCCUCAAGCGCCACCACCCAUCAUCUCUUGACUCUUUAGUUCCCCAUUUUACUCCUCAAUCCGCUGCAUAUUUACUCCUCCAGUCUCAAAAUAACCAAACCCUUAUCCUAAAAUUCCUCAACUGGGCUCGCGAUUUCCCAUUUUUCGAAAACCUCCAAUGCAAGUGCAUCGCUAUUCACAUUCUGACACGCUUCAAGCUCUACAAGACCGCCCAGUCUCUCGCCGAGGGCGUCGCCUUACAUUUCCCUGAUGAUGAAAAAGGAAACUUGGUUUUUGAAUGCCUCAGGAAGUCUUACCAGUUGUGCAAUUCGAGCUCAGCGGUAUUUGAUUUAAUGGUAAAGUCGUACUCUAAUUUGAAAAUGUUAGAUACAGCUCUGAACAUGAUAAAUUUAGCUAAAUCUCACGGGUUUAUGCCUAGUGUAUUGUCGUAUAAUUCGGUUCUUGAUGCAAUAAUUAGGGUUGCGGCACAUGGGUAUGUUGAGCUAGCUCAAAAUUUGUAUCUUGAUAUGAUAAAGUGUGGGAUUUCGCCUAACGUGUUUACCUAUAAUAUAUUGAUUAGGGGGUUUUGUGGAAAUAAGAAAUUGAGUAAAGGUUUAGAAUUUUUUAAGGAAAUGGAGAGAAAGGGCUGUGUGCCAAAUGUGGUUACUUAUAAUACAUUAAUAGAUGCUUAUUGUAAAUUGGGGAAUGUUGAUGAGGCUUUUAGAUUGAUUAAAUUGAUGUGGGAGAAGAAUUUGGAGCCAAAUGUGAUUACGUUUAAUGUGAUAAUUAAUGGGUUGUGUCGAGAUGGGAGGAUGAAGGAGACGGGUGAGGUUUUUGAGGAGAUGAAGCGGAAUGGUUUGUUGCCAGACGAGAUUACCUAUAACACACUCAUUAAUGGGUUUUGUAAAGAUGGAAAUUUUCACCAGGCACUUGUUGUUCAUGGAGAGAUGGUAAGGAAUGGGCUGUCUCCCAAUGUUGUGACCUAUACUGCUUUGAUUAAUAGCAUGUGUAAAGUGAGGAAUUUGCAUCGUGCAAUGGAGUUUUUCGAUCAGAUGCACUCUAGGGGAUUAAGUCCUAAUGAUAGAACAUAUACAACUCUUAUUGAUGGGUUCUGCCAGCAGGGGUUCGUGGACGAAGCUUAUAGAGUUUUGAAUGAAAUGAUUGGCAGGGGCUUUUCACCAUCCAGUGUGACGUACAAUGCGUUUGUCAAUGGGCAUUGUUUGCUUGGUAGGAUAGAAGAUGCUUUACGAGUUAUUCAAGAUAUGAUUGUGAAAGGAGUACAGCCAGAUGUUGUAACUUACAGUACCAUCGUAUCUGGUUACUGCAGGGAUUUUGAUUUAGAUAAGGCAUUCAGAAUGAAAGAGGAGAUGAUUAAGAAGGGAAUCUUACCAGAUUCCAUUACUUAUUCAUCUCUGAUUCAAGGUCUUUGUGGGCAGAGGAGACUGACAGAAGCUUGUGAAUUAUUUGAAGAAAUGUGGAGAAAAGGUUUGCAACCUGACAAGUUUACAUAUACUACUCUAAUUAAUGCUUAUUGCGUUGAAGACGAUGUUAGCAGUGCUGUCCAACUGCACGAUGCAAUGAUCAAAAGGGGUUUGUUUCCAGACGUUGUUACCUACAGUGUGCUAAUAAAUGGGCUUAACAAACAAGCUCGCAGCAAGGAAGCAAAAAGGCUCCUCUUCAAGUUGUUCUAUGAGCAACCUGUUCCCCACAAUGUGACAUAUGAUUUUCUGAUAGAAAGUUGUAGUAGUAUUGAGUUUCAGAGUGCGAUAGCUCUAAUAAAGGGAUUCUGCAUGAAAGGAUUGAUGAAUGAGGCAGAUCGAGUUGUUGAGAUGAUGCUUGAGAGGAACCACAAGCCUAAUGAAACAAUUUAUAAUAUUCUCAUACAUGGUCAUUGUAGAGGUGGGAACUUGAACAAAGCCAUUAAACUGUAUGGGGAAAUGGUGCAUCAAGGACUUAUUCCUCAUGCUGUAACUGUCAUCGCCCUAAUUAAAGAAGUCCAUAGAGCUGGGAUGAGUGAGGAGCUGAAUCAAAUUAUAAAUAACACAUUAAGAAGUUGUAAGGUCACCGACGGUGAACUUGCCAAAGUCCUUGUCGAGGUCAAUCACAAAGAAGGGAACAUGGAUGCAGUAUUUAAAAUUCUCACUGAAAUGGCUAAAGAUGGCCUUCUUCCAAAUAAUGUGAGAACUACUAGGAGCCAGUCAUCAUCAAGGCAAGGAAGGCUGCUCGGAAUAAAGUUGAAGGGACCGAGAAGCCAUUGUGAUGGCAUGUAUUCUAGUUUCAUUUUCAUCAGUUUGUGUCCGACCAACCCCGUGUUUACCUAUAAUAUAUUGAUUAGGGGGUUUUGUGGAAAUAAGAAAUUGAGUAAAGGUUUAGAAUUUUUUAAGGAAAUGGAGAGAAAGGGCUGUGUGCCAAAUGUGGUUACUUAUAAUACAUUAAUAGAUGCUUAUUGUAAAUUGGGGAAUGUUGAUGAGGCUUUUAGAUUGAUUAAAUUGAUGUGGGAGAAGAAUUUGGAGCCAAAUGUGAUUACGUUUAAUGUGAUAAUUAAUGGGUUGUGUCGAGAUGGGAGGAUGAAGGAGACGGGUGAGGUUUUUGAGGAGAUGAAGCGGAAUGGUUUGUUGCCAGACGAGAUUACCUAUAACACACUCAUUAAUGGGUUUUGUAAAGAUGGGAAUUUUCACCAGGCACUUGUUGUUCAUGGAGAGAUGGUAAGGAAUGGGCUGUCUCCCAAUGUUGUGACCUAUACUGCUUUGAUUAAUAGCAUGUGUAAAGUGAGGAAUUUGCAUCGUGCAAUGGAGUUUUUCGAUCAGAUGCACUCUAGGGGAUUAAGUCCUAAUGAUAGAACAUAUACAACUCUUAUUGAUGGGUUCUGCCAGCAGGGGUUCGUGGACGAAGCUUAUAGAGUUUUGAAUGAAAUGAUUGGCAGGGGCUUUUCACCAUCCAGUGUGACGUACAAUGCGUUUGUCAAUGGGCAUUGUUUGCUUGGUAGGAUAGAAGAUGCUUUACGAGUUAUUCAAGAUAUGAUUGUGAAAGGAGUACAGCCAGAUGUUGUAACUUACAGUACCAUCGUAUCUGGUUACUGCAGGGAUUUUGAUUUAGAUAAGGCAUUCAGAAUGAAAGAGGAGAUGAUUAAGAAGGGAAUCUUACCAGAUUCCAUUACUUAUUCAUCUCUGAUUCAAGGUCUUUGUGGGCAGAGGAGACUGACAGAAGCUUGUGAAUUAUUUGAAGAAAUGUGGAGAAAAGGUUUGCAACCUGACAAGUUUACAUAUACUACUCUAAUUAAUGCUUAUUGCGUUGAAGACGAUGUUAGCAGUGCUGUCCAACUGCACGAUGCAAUGAUCAAAAGGGGUUUGUUUCCAGACGUUGUUACCUACAGUGUGCUAAUAAAUGGGCUUAACAAACAAGCUCGCAGCAAGGAAGCAAAAAGGCUCCUCUUCAAGUUGUUCUAUGAGCAACCUGUUCCCCACAAUGUGACAUAUGAUUUUCUGAUAGAAAGUUGUAGUAGUAUUGAGUUUCAGAGUGCGAUAGCUCUAAUAAAGGGAUUCUGCAUGAAAGGAUUGAUGAAUGAGGCAGAUCGAGUUGUUGAGAUGAUGCUUGAGAGGAACCACAAGCCUAAUGAAACAAUUUAUAAUAUUCUCAUACAUGGUCAUUGUAGAGGUGGGAACUUGAACAAAGCCAUUAAACUGUAUGGGGAAAUGGUGCAUCAAGGACUUAUUCCUCAUGCUGUAACUGUCAUCGCCCUAAUUAAAGAAGUCCAUAGAGCUGGGAUGAGUGAGGAGCUGAAUCAAAUUAUAAAUAACACAUUAAGAAGUUGUAAGGUCACCGACGGUGAACUUGCCAAAGUCCUUGUCGAGGUCAAUCACAAAGAAGGGAACAUGGAUGCAGUAUUUAAAAUUCUCACUGAAAUGGCUAAAGAUGGCCUUCUUCCAAAUAAUGUGAGAACUACUUAGGCCGGCGGAUGUAUUGUACGACCAAUGCAGUUGGAAACUUUAUUUGGAAGUUCCGGAGCUAUAUUCUCAAGUGGAAAUGAAUAGAAUAUUGCACCAGGCAAAUGAAUCAGAUUAAUAUCGAAAUUUGAUGUUGGGAGAUGAGAUUACUUUGCCCAAAAGCUAUAGCUGAUGGGGGAGGUGCAAUCCACCCUAUAUCACCCAGAAUCAGGCCUAGGAAUCCACCCCAAGCCCACUCCGUUUGGGCCUUACUUCUAAGGAAACCUUACAAAGGCGCUAUUGGGUCAUUCCCCAAAUAGCGACAAUAAGUCCACCCCCAUUUCAAGUAAGCUCAUGCAUUAAAAAUUUAGCUUGCCUUUCAAGUGGACCUCCUCUUUGGCGUAAUUUUUCCGGUAUCUCAAGAGGAGCCAGUCAUCAUCAAGGCAAGGAAGGCUGCUCGGAAUAAAGUUGAAGGGACCGAGAAGCCAUUGUGAUGGCAUGUAUUCUAGUUUCAUUUUCAUCAGUUUGUGUCCGACCAACCCACAUUAUCUCUGGUACUUCGUUUUCUUCUUUUUUCGAGCAUACAUAUGCCUGAUUUAUCUUCUUGGUGUAAAUGAAUAUGAUAUCACUAAAUCCCUUCUGCUUGCUCACCUCGGAUGUGGUUUUCUUUCCUUCUUGUCGUGUCAUACUUAUAGUAACUUGGACAAGGAAGUGCAAAUUAUGUUUACCAUAUGUGCAUAUUCACUUAGCAACUCUUCACCGAAAGUGUUGAUUAUAUCCAGGCUCGUGUACAUGUAGUCGAAUGUUACCGGUGGCGAUUGCUGGGUUACAGUCACAUUUUUUCUUUUUUCUUA